UACUGGAUUGAUUAGGCGGGGAAAGAUGGUCCUCUCCAACCGGGAAAUUGUCAUUUAAUUAAUGGUUUCAUUCGUUUAAUGGCAUGACUUGGAAGUGGCCAGUAUGAAAAUAGCAGGUCAGUCAGAUUCAGAAAGAUCUGUGAGAUAACGCAUAGAAAUAACUGUGAGACGAACGCAUGCCAUGCACAUGUGCAGAUGUUCAUGGUGAUUACCUCAAAGCUGUCAAUCCAAUUCACGAAAGAUAGAAAUAGCACAGAGAAGAAAAGAAACGUGCCCGCGGUUAAUGAAUGAAUAUAAAGAGCAUCCCAGUUUCCCUGUCUGCCUACUCAACCGAAACAUUUCAAGAGUCAUUAGAACUGUGCGCUUAUCACAGCAAACUACAGCCUGGCAUUUAUUAAAAAUAUGGAUUUAUUGUUCGAAAAUAAUAUUACCCAAAUUAGGUGUUCCAACCCGAUAAUUAUGUUAUUAGUAUACUAUAACACAUUAGAGAAAACUGUGAGUGAUAUAAAAUAUUCCAAUGCGAUGAAUAAAGGCGUUUUCUCCUGUGCACGAGCUCAAAACAAAAGCCUGCAGGGGUGAUCGAGCCCAUCACCCCUGAUAUGAAUUCUCCAGAGAUGAUGAGCAGACUCCCCCGUCUUGAGCAACUUGCGUCUUUCUGGAAUGCUGGCGCGUGUGUCAGCUGUGAGCCAAUCCGUGGCCCCAAACGUCACUAUGUGGGUCUCAUGGUUUGUGUUUAAAACGGAGAAAUGCCCUGAUGCACCGCAUUCUCUAACCACUUGAGCCUCGAGUUUAUUCCUCUGUCAUUGGUGACAGCGCGCGAUGACGAUGCAACGCUAAGGGACCACAGUUUACGCACUGACACCUUCAGGUGGACACCGACUGUGGAGAGCAUCUGUACCCUGGUAAGGCGAUGGAAAACGCAAGCGUGGUGGUCACUGAUGUUCCAACUGCUGGCCUAACAGAAUUCCUCAACUUCACCAUGAAUGACACCAUCUCCCGACUCUACGAAGGCUUCACAGAUGAGCUCGCCAUGACAGAAUUACGCGUAACGAACGACCCGGUAUCUCUGAAAGUCAACACUCUAAGGACUGCGUUUGCUGCUGGGCUUCGGGCUAAACUGCCACCGACGGAACCCGCUCACUUGGUGGUUGCUUUUUGGGAUUCCCCGCUAAGUCACGGAAUCAAUGUGUUUGUAGGAAUUGUCCUGUGCUUCACAAUGCUGGGCCUAGGGUGUACGGUAGAUGUGAGCCAGCUUGGGGAACAUAUCCGCAGACCCAUCGGGGUUCUGCUAGCGCUAGUGUGCCAGUUUGUUAUCAUGCCCCUGGUUGCCUUCCUGCUUGCUUUGGCAUUCUCUCUCGACGAUGUGGCGGCUAUGGCCGUGCUACUGUGUGGCUGCUGUCCAGGAGGAAACCUAUCCAACAUCAUGUCGUUAUUAGUGAACGGGGAGAUGAAUCUGAGCAUCAUCAUGACCAUUUCCUCCACGGUCCUGGCGCUGGUUCUGAUGCCUCUGUGUCUGUGGAUAUAUAGCCGCGCCUGGAUCAACACCCCGGUGGUCAACCUGAUGCCGUUCGGCGCGAUCAUCCUCACCCUCUGUAGCACUCUCAUCCCCAUUGGCCUGGGGGUCGUGCUCCGGUACCGCUACAACCGGGCGGCGGACAUCGUUUUAAAGUUGUCUCUGUGGUCUCUGCUGGUGACCCUGGUGAUGCUGUUCAUCAUGACGGGGGCCAUGUUGGGGCCAGAGCUGCUGGCCACCAUCCCUCCGUCUGUCUAUGUGGUGGCUGUCCUGAUGCCUGCAUGUGGCUACGCUGCAGGCUACGGCCUGGCCACCCUCUUCGACCUACCGCCCAACAGCCGCAGGACCGUGUCCCUGGAGACCGGGUGCCAGAACGUGCAGCUCUGCACAGCCAUCCUGAAGAUGGCCUUCCCACCACAGCUGAUGGGGGGCAUGUAUAUGUUCCCUCUGCUCUACGCCCUCUUCCAGGCCGCCGAGGCCGGCAUCGUCAUCCUGGCCUACCGGAUGUACAGGAAAAAGGUUCUACACAAACCAGACACAAACUCACCAGGGGACAACAGGGGUAUUGGAUAUAAUAGGUUUGAAGACGAGGAUAUGGGUUUUGACAAUUCUUACGGGGCGGUGACCACGAGUGACCCAAAUCUCAUCAUGCUGGAGCCUUGUCCGGACUCUACUCCUGUUUAGUGCGCAUAAGACAAUGACGGUACACCAUGGGCAUCAUGACAUCACUAUCAAAAAAAAUCCUGCAGUGCAGAAACUCUAUGGGUGUGUCUCAUGACAGGACAGAAGACUGCAACUAUUUAUGAAGGGAGAGAAUAUAACAAAAUAUAUUUGAAGCAAUUCAUAAGACCAUGAAAAAAAAUGAUGAACAGGUUCAUAGAAGUAAAAAAGCUUACUUCAACAUCUUGUGUAUGAAUCAAAAUGGCUGUGAAAAUGGAUUUCAUAAAAUAUAUUCAUCCACUCUCACAUCACUGAUGCAGGACAACAGCGGUUUGCCAAAUGUAUCAUCUCACUUGCUUGUAAAGUCAAACAUGAUCAUGAGCUACAUAGCUAACAUGGUCAAUUAUUGUUUUGCUUUCAAAGCAAGUAUUCAAGUUCAAGGGUACAUGUUUUGGUGCCUAUAGUUUCAGUUCAAGAAGAAAAAUCAUGCAGUACCUUUCUUCAACAAAACCCAACUACUCCAUAAUCACCAUAUAUGUACGAUGACAACCCGUCUGUAAAAUAUACAAUUGUGUAUAUGUUUAUCAAUGUAUAUUAAAAUAUAUAUGAUAUAGGAAAAAUAAAAUAUGUACUGACACUUC